UUUAAUCAACGAAAUUAUAAAUUACUUAGACAACAGUAGUAUUCGGCCGACAAGAAUAAGUUUCGUUGGACACUCUCUUGGUAAUAUCAUCAUCAGAUCUGCAUUAUCAAGACCUCAAAUGAAGUUUCUGCUUCCAAGACUGCAUACUUUCUUAUCACUAUCAGGACCACAUUUAGGAACUUUAUACAACAAUAGUGGAUUAAUUAAUAUGGGAAUGUGGUUUAUGCAGAAGUGGAAAAAAUCCGAAUCCCUGUUACAGUUAUGUUUGAAAGAUGCUGUGGAUCCUCGUCAGAGCUUUUUGUAUCGUUUGAGUCAAAGAAGUACGUUACACCAUUUUAAGAAUAUACUACUGUGCGGUUCCGGUCAAGACAGGUAUGUUCCUUUACACUCGGCAAGGAUAGAACUGUGCAAAGAAUCUCUUAAAGAUACAUCGGACCUGGGUACGAUCUACAGAGAAAUGGUCCACAACAUAUUGUCGCCGAUAAUUGCUCAGAAAGAACUGAAAUUUGUGCGAUACGAUAUUCACCAUGCCUUACCGAAUACUGCCAAUGCGUUGAUUGGUAGGGCGGCACACAUUGCGGUUUUGGAUUCAGAACUAUUUGUUGAAAAGUUUAUGGUCAUCGUCGGAAUCAAAUAUUUCCGUUAGAUUAUACUCUUUAUCAAGUUUUAUAAAUAAAUAUUUAAUAAUA